GCUUGAUCUUCGUUGUCAUCAACAGGCCAACCAAGCGGCCCUGCCUUUCUUCCACGAGCAAUCGAAGUCAUGACAUCGACGUCAUCAUCUCUCUCUUCCACGGCGGUGGCAAGUGACAGCUCGAGAGUUCAAGAAGAGGCCCGAGCUGCGGUUCUUGCGUCUCUGGAGUCCGCGGGAUCGAACUAUGACACUCAAUUUCAACGCCGCGCGAAGGACAUCCAUGCGAACGCCAGCAAUAUCGCGAAACAAGAAGCCGAGGUGAAGAAACAGGCUGCUACGCUUGCCAAAGAAAGUGCGAAGUGGCAGAAGGAACUCGAUCAGGCUACGAAAGGAGUGAAAGAAUUUGGGGACGUCCAGAACUGGGCAGAGAUGAUGGAACGGGACCUGCUUGUCUUGGAAGAGACAUUACGACUGGCCGAAGGUGGCGAUAGCAUCGAAAGUGCCAGCGGUGGGAGUUCGUGGACCAUGCAUUAAAUCGUUGCAGCAGCGCGAUCUCGGGAAUUGUCGAUGCGAAAGAUGUCCCGUUUUGAAAGUCCGGCGGGUGUUCGUAUGCUGAAUGUCAAGACCAGGUCAGGACUGGACCCAAUUGAUCAUCUCCGAGCAAGCGAAAGGUGGCUAGAGAGGUCAUUUGACCGAUAGCAGCUACGAAAUUCUGCAUCAUCAAUGGACGGAACACAGCUAGCCUUGCCAGUGCCAAAAGCCGUAAAAUCAUGCCGUGAGCAUAGCUUGCGAUGCUUUGCCUCAAUCUAGAUUCACCAUAGCAAGUUUGUAGGCCUUGAGCGUCG